AUGCAACAGCCUGGUAGUUACCACCAGCAGCUUGCCUCGCCAUUUCAAUACCAGACUUACUCAAGUAAUGUACACAAACCACAAAUACCCCCAAUACAUCAUAUAUCAUACCCCUCCCCCACAAGUCCAGCAGAAUUGCCCUUUCAAAACCACACAACUACCAUUACAAAUACAAGUGCAAGUGCAAACUCUAGUGCAUCCACCAUUCUUAUGUCACCGAUACAGUCACCAACCUCUACCAGAAACACCAAUGGAAGUGUACAUAGAGUAUCAACACACUCACUAACAUCACCCCCAAACAUAUACUCACCAAAAGUGCCCUAUCAUCAUCAGCUCCCCGACCAGCACCAGCAGCACCACCAGCACCACCAGCACCACCAGCAGCACUACCAUUGCCACAAACCAAGUGCACCGCAAACUGAACACCCUUUUGUUAAUAUAAGCGAAACAGCGCCUAUUCCUACACCAAUUCACUCUUUAGAACCCAGAAUUAAUGACAGCCAUAUACAAAAGAAAAGAAAGUAUACAAAGUCAAGUGAAAAGACACAUAAAGAAUUUUUGUUUCUGAAACAAAAUAUCAAGAAAAAAUCCACAACAACACCUCCAACAAGCCACAAGAAGAAGAAAUCUCGCCAAACCGUUAUUGUUGAUCAAAAUGCAGUACACUACCCAAUUCACAAAACUUUGUCGUCGUCAUCCACCAACUGCAAAAAUAUACCACAAAAAACUAUAAAUCAAUUGGAAACACAAAUUUACCCCACACUAGAGGCAAAAAAAUACUCAACAUCGGCCCUCGACCCAGAAAGAAGAUUUCUCACAGUUUAUGAAUACAAGGUAAAUGACCACUGGAUCAUUUGGGAUUAUGAAACAGGAUUUGUGCAUCUCACGGGGAUUUGGAAGGCCUCGUUGAGCUUUGAGGAGAUUAACCCUACCCCUAGCCACUUGAAAGCUGAUAUAGUAAAACUAUUGGAAUCUACCCCCAAAGAAUACCAGGCUUAUAUCAAGAGAAUUAGAGGCGGGUUCUUGAAAAUACAAGGAACGUGGCUCCCAUUUGAAUUGUGCAAAAUAUUGGCUAGAAGAUUUUGCUACUAUAUUAGAUUUGCAUUGAUUCCCAUAUUUGGUCCAGAAUUCCCCGAAUCUUGUCUCAAACCCAAUGACAAAGGGUUUGGCGAAUUGAAGUUGAAUGACCUAGCAAACUUUCACGACACUGCAGCAUUGCCCAAACCUGUUUUACCAGCUUUGCCAGCUUCACCAGCUUUGCCAAAGAAUAUACUGACUACUCCGACUGCAGCGAAAACAAAUGCCAGUGAUUUUUAUGCUGUUGAUAAUGCUGCGCACCUGAAGCACUUAUCAAUGACACCCGCUGAAACUAAACCAAUUGCGAAAAAAUUGGACGAAACUCCUCGUGCCCCUCCAAUUGGUGUGUUUAGGUCUCCUCCCUCCCUGGUACAAUCUACAUUUGACGUCGAUGCUAAACACAAGUGGCCUCAAACAACACCAAAGACAGCUAGUAAUCACAAGCGUGCAAUGUCUGAUGUUGUGAGCAAACAACCUCAAAUGUUUCCUUUUUCUCCAAACUCACCGGAACUCAGCUCUCAUAUUAAUUUUGUGAGGCAAGAAAAUUUGGCUGAAAUGGCUGAAAUGGCUGAAAUGGCGGAAAUGGCGGAAAUGGCAGAUAUUGUAAAUGCCAGUAAAUGUCUUCAAUCACUUAAAGAUGGUGUAAUUACGCAACGUACCGUUGAUAAUACACUUGUGAACAAGAAUGGUUCAAAUAAUAUAAACGCCAAUAAGAGUAGUGACAAAAUAGAUGCAAACCAUAUCGAAACUGUCGACAAUGAUGUUAAUGACGAUAACAAUGAUGAUGACAAUGAUGAUGAUGAUGAUGAGACUGUUGCAACUGAAAAUGAGUCUGAUGAUGAGCCCAGCUAUGCUACACUGCCAACCGUUGGUCGUGCUAGAGGUAGUGAUGGCCUUUCUUCGCUUUUACUUGCAGCAGAGAUUAAUCAACGCACUCCAGCAUUGAUUGCAUCAAAGCAAAGAGAAUACAUUCCAAGCUCAUCCAACUCACGGAAACAAACGCUUGAAAGAUUAAUGACGUGA